AUGAAGAACAAACCGCAGCAGCAGCAGCAGCAGCAGCAACCACCCUCAUCAAUUCCCAAGCAUUUCCUCAAUGUCCAAAUACACCUCCAUAAAAUCAUCUCCAACUUUCUCAUCUUCGCCUUCGGUUUAGCCAUCGGCGUCUCCAUCAGUUUCUACCUCAAAGAUUUUCCCUUCCAGCUCUACGCUACCCAAGCCAAAUACUCUCGUUCAUCAAACACUCCAUUGUUAUUCUCUUCUGCUCCACCACCACUACCACCACCGCCGCUGCCAACUCUCAAUAUCCAAAAAAACAAAACCAAAACUUCUGCUGCGCCUCCCCCACCGCCAAUCGGCUUAAAAGAAUACACAAAGCCACCCAACAUUAUGCACGACAUGGACGACGCUGAGUUGCUGUGGAGAGCUUCACUGGUGCCUCGCCGGCGUGGGCUGCCGUUCAAGCGCACCCCAAAAGUGGCGUUCAUGUUCUUGACAAGAGGGCCUCUGGCAUUGGCUCCGUUCUGGGAAAUGUUCUUCAAAGGCCAUGAAGGGCUCUACUCUAUCUAUGUCCACGCCAAUCCGGAUUUCAACGACACCAUGCCUCAAAACUCUGUUUUUUAUGGCAGAAGGGUCCCAAGUAAGAAUGUGACAUGGGGUGAGCCUAACAUGGUGCAAGCAGAGCGACGCCUAUUAGCCAAUGCCUUGCUUGACUUCUCCAACCAACGUUUUGUGCUGCUCUCAGAGUCUUGCAUACCGCUGUUUAAUUUCAAAGUCAUCUACGAUUAUCUGAUGGGCUCAACCCAGACAUUUGUGGAGGUCUACGACUUACCCGGCCCAGUGGGCCGAGACAGGUACAGGCCCAAAAUGAGCCCACAAAUCACGCUCGCCCAAUGGCGGAAGGGCUCGCAGUGGUUCGAGGUGGACCGUGUCAUUGCGGUGGAGGUGGUUUCCGAUCAAAAGUAUUUUCCACUGUUUACAAAGCACUGCAAGCCCUCCUGCUAUUCUGACGAGCACUACUUGCCUACGUACGUGAACAUCAAGUUUAGGAAGAAAAAUUCGAAUCGGACGUUGACUUGGGUUGACUGGUCAAGGGGUGGGCCCCAUCCGUCUAAGUUUAUGAGAACAGAUGUGACUGUUGACUUCUUGGAGAAGCUGAGGCAUGGAACGAAAUGCGAGUACAAUGGGAAGAGCACCGAUGUUUGCCACUUGUUUGCCAGAAAAUUCUUGCCCAACACUUUGGACAGGCUGCUGAGGUUUGGCCCAAAGCUCAUGAAAUUCAAUUGAUUUUUCACAGUCAAGAUUUUUUGUUCGUCAUUCAUUUCUCUGUAAACUAAUAAA